AUGUCGUACGUCGGCUACGAGCACGUCGAUCACGACACGGUGUCGGACGCCAUCGCCGGACAGACGCUCUUCAUCCACGGCAGCAAUGUUGACGAGGGCAGCGGGGCCUUCAUCAAGGAGACGGCAGCAGCGAGGAAGGAGAAGAAGAAGAAGCUCCCGCCCCCCACCGCCGACGGCAAGACUGCCAAGGCCGAGCGCCGCCAGCGCAGCCUCAAGAAAACCGGCGGCAAGCACGGCGGCGAGCAGCAGCAGCACAGGAGAAGGAAGGCGACGGCGACGGCGGCGGCGGCGGCCGCGGCGGCAGCAGGGACGAGCGAGUCCGUCUCCGAGCCCAGCAGACUCCUCAUGCGCUCCGAACGGUCCUUCUUCAGGCUGGAAAUCCCGGAACAUCACGUCGCCGCCCGCCGGGAAGAGGAAGAAGUGGCAGCAACGCUGGAGGCUGUUCCACAAGAGGCGCCGCCCGCUAGGCGGAGGCUCAAGGGCGGCAACACGGGGCUUCCGAUCGAGCGGCGUUCUUUCCACAGGUGGGGUGAUUAUCACGAGGUCGAGGAGGCGCCCAAGUGGCAGACUGAGAGGAAGUGGAAGAGGUUCGACUACGGCUUCGACUGUAUGGACAAGUGCGAGCACACGAGCAAUGACGGCAUCAGGGGGCGGGUGUGCGACUCGACGUGCGAGGACGGGCACCCCUACGGCAACCUGGGCUGUUCCGCAAAGGGCGGAAGGUUCGGCCCGCACUGCCGGACUUGCUUCAACGACGUCGAUAUGGCCUUGAUGAGAGACACGCCUAAGAACCGUGCCAUCAUGUGCUCAACGAUGCUGCCAGUGGGGGCCCGAACUUCACCAGAGUCAGACCGGGCUGCUCCUAAGAAAUAUGAUGCUCAUGCUGCUCGUGGUGUAAAGCAGGGGAGACGAGUCUUGCGCACGACCUCCUCAGCAGGCGACGCGCCUUCCGACUGCAAUGAUUCCUGCGAGUACACCAGCAAUGACGGGACCACUGGGCGCGUGUGCGACGACACGUGCGAGGGCGGCAAUCCCUACGGCUUCUUUGGUUGCGAUACCAACGACGGACAGUACGGGGGCAACUGCCGAUACUGCUUCAACGACGUCGACAGCGCUCUCGAAUUUGACGCACAAGACAACCGCUCCAUCAUGUGCGACACGUUGCUGCCCGUCGACGUAAACUCACGUCGCCUGGUCGACUCGUCGCUGCCCGUCGACGUGUACUCACGUCGCCUGGUCGACUCUUCGCUGCCCGUCGACGUGUACUCACGUCGCCUGGUCGACUCGUCGCUGCCCGUCGACGUGUAUUCACGCCGCCUGGUCGACUCGUCGCUGCCCGUCGACGUGUACUCGCGCCGCCUGGCCGACUCCCCCGAGGCGAUGGCUAUCACUCCCCGCGCAUCGGCGGGGGCUUUGCCUUCGUCGGCACGGCACUUCGCCCCCACCGGCGCGACCGACAAGCAGGCGCUCGCGUUCGCCCAGGCGGCCAAGAGUCCGUUUACCGAGGACGUCGCGUACGGCUCCCUGUGCGCUUUCAUUGCCGGGCGCGCAGGCGAGGUGGACGAGUGGGCCGUGACGGUGUCGAGCAUCCAGAAGUUCGCCCCCGGCAUGAGGGUUGCGGUGGCGGCGGAAGAAGAGGCGGUGCAUCUGUACGAACGGGCGGUCGGCCCUCUUCCGGGCGUCACAGUGGCCAGCACCCCCAGCGCCCUGACGGCGAGCCUCUAUGCCGACAGGUACUGCGGCGGCACCAACUCCACUAGCCUCAUCAUGUACGUCACCCGGGGCUCCACCUUCUCGCGCCCCUUAACCUCGAAAGACACCCACUCCCCGAGAGGGGACCUUCUGGUGGCGCACAGCAGCAGCGCGACGGCGAGCCACCACGUCGCCCACCUGGCGAAGCAGACGGCCUCCGUGCUGGCCUUGUCCGAGGGCGGCGCGGCGCCACCGCCACCGCUGCCGCUUCCGCCGUCGUUCACGUUCGGCACGGACCUGAUGCUGCCGGCCGGUGCCAACGCGGACCUGCGGGACCUGUUCGCGUCUAAGGGCGACAAGGCGACCUUCCAGCAGGCCGUGCAAACCCUGGCGGACCUCGACGAUCUCGCAGCGGUUCCUCAGGCCCUUGCCGCCCUCCAAUACUCCCGACAGCCGGAAGGGGUGUGGUUCCUCGAUCCACAGGCAUGGGUUUCCGAGUAUCUCUUCAAGGAAGUGUCGAUAUGGGAUAUCCCUCUGGUCAAGCCACGGUUUACAUGCGCCGUGGACCCGGCGCUACUGCGCAACCACGCCUCCGCUGGAGCCGCACGGGGCGGAAGAAGCAGUUUCGAAGUGGCGCAGGUUUUGCAGGAUGGUCUCGACUUUUUCUCGAAGGGAGGAACGUGCUCGAACGGUCAAAUCGACUUCAGACCUGAAGACGCAUGACUGCAAGUUUGGUUGGGGGUGACGGG